AAUGUAUGAGCCAGAAAAUCUAGAAUCAGAACCUGAGCAGGAUGAGGUGCUUGCAGAUAUUGCUCAAAAAUUAGUUCUUGCUUUGGGCAUUAUCAUCCCAUUGAGACCCAGUGUACAGAGUGCUGCAAUUUGGAGUGUUUUAACAAGAAAAACAUACUUCCAGACCAGAUAGAGGAAAAUUGACUUAGGUGUCAUGGGAUUAAUUUUUGAGAAAC